AUGGCAUCCUCCAAUCGUUCUGAUCUCCCUGCUGAAAAGGCACCUGUCGAUGCUCGAUCCGUCUCUGACGAAUCUGACUCGAGCAAUGAAGAAGGUUGGGAAGAUGUCGAGCCCGAGGAUGAUUCGCAGCCAGUAGUCGACCUCUUCUCCGAAACGGUCUACCCUGAUGUGCGCUCGAUGCUGAAAGUUUGCAAGGACAAGCACAACUUUGAUCUGCUGAAGAUCCAGAAGCAACUCGAUCUUGACUUCCUGGAUUCGAUCAAGCUGGUCAACUAUGUGCGCACCCAGGUUAAGGCUGGUAACAAGACACCCGAUGUCUCUUCCAAGUCCCAAUUCGAAGACGAUGCCUACUUGAAGCCUGUGCUCGAGGACGACGCCCUUCUAUAUAGCUUGGACGAUAUCGCUGAGGAACAGGCUAGCGAUGAGGCCUCUGGUGGCGACGCCGACCGUCGAGUUCUGGAACUACAGGAGGAAUUGGAGCGCUUGCAGACUCAAUUCUCCGAGUACAGAACCGCCGUGCAACAAUCUCUCGAGGAUCAAUUGACCAAAGAAGACGAGAAGCUGCAGCCCGAUGCUGCGAAAAGAUCCACAGAUAAGACUGAGGAGGUAGAUGCGGACUACUUCAGCUCUUAUUCUUAUAACACAAUCCAUGAGUCCAUGUUGAAGGAUACCAUCCGUACUGAUGCCUACCGUGAUUUCGUCUACGAGAACAAGCACCUCUUCAAGGAUAAGGUCGUUCUGGACGUUGGAUGCGGAACUGGUAUCUUAUCCAUGUUCUGUGCCAAGGCCGGUGCAAAGAAGGUCAUCUCGGUUGACAACUCGAACAUCAUUGACCGUGCCAAGGAGAUCGUCUAUGACAACGGCCUUGGUGAUGUGAUCACGUGCAUCCAAGGCAAGAUCGAAGAGGUUGUCCUCCCGGUUGAAAAGGUCGACAUUAUCAUCUCAGAGUGGAUGGGCUACGGUCUGCUCUUCGAGGCCAUGUUUGAUUCGGUCAUUUACGCUAGGGAUCGCUACCUGGCUCCCGAUGGACUUAUGGUUCCCUCUCACGCCACUCUCCGCGUUGCGCCUUUCGCCGACCCUGAUUUCAUUGCGUCGCAUAUCUCCUUCUGGCAUAACGUGUACGGUUUCAAGAUGAACAGCAUGCUCUUGAACAUUUACGAGGAGGCGCUUGUGCGCGGAAUUCAGCCCACAACCAUUCCAGGAGACUCCAGUAUCUUUUUGCCGCUGCCUCUUCAUACCAUCACUGUCGAGGAGCUGAACUUUAUCAAGGAGUUCCAAUUCACCCUGAACGAGGAUAUUGAUGCCCUCGAUGGCUUCGCCAUUUGGUUCGAUAUCUUCUUCAUGCCCUCAAGAGAAUCUCCGGUGCCCGAGAACCCCAUUCCCUCAGAGAUGAAGAAGAAGGGAAUUGUUUCCUUCACCACCGGCCCGGACGACACUGAGACCCACUGGAUGCAGACCAUCCUUCUUAUCGACCAUGGAAAGGAGCAACCCAAGCCAUUAAAGAAGGGUCAGACUUUUACUGGUAAGGUCGGCUAUCAGCGAAAGCAGAACGGCUACCGCGGUCUGGAUAUCAACAUCGAGUGGAACGGCGGAGAAAAUGCCUCGGGCAAGCAACAGUGGGCGCUUCAGUAA